UUCCCGAACGCGAGAUGGUGGCUUGUUCGGAAAGUUGGGAGGCUACUCGUUCCCGGAACUCAUCCUGUUGAGGUAUGUCGCGUUCUGAGGUCGUCAUUUUCAAUUUUGACUGUGAAACGUUACGUCGAUUCGCGAUUAUAUACUCACUUGAUCAACGCUGGCAAAUAUUGUUCAAGUAUUCUUUAUUACGCAAUGUAUUAUUCCUGGAGGCAUCACAAUCGAGCUCAUGAUUACACGCUUGUUCUCUUCUGCAUAUUCGGGACGUUUGCUUCUAUCUAUACUUGUGCCUGGGACAUCCUAAUGGACUGGUCCUUCUUCAAACGACCUGCCCAGCACCGAUUCCUUCGAAAGGAACUUGUCUAUUCAAACCAUUAUUAUGUGCGUGUCUUUGUUUCCAUGUCAUUUGUUAUUGAAAUCGAGAAAUGUAUAAUGGAAUAUUAA